CAGUGUGCUAGUUUGUGAGAGGAGGCGACUGAAGCAGGUGAGAGAGGAAAGCGGAGUGGAAGCGAUAGUCGGUGAAACUUCCCUGCACUGCAACACACACAGACGGUGUGGAAGGACGACAGACUCGGAGCCUCAGCAAAGCCGCUGUUCACACGCUGUGCUCUUUUCCUCCCCCUGGUACCGUGCGCGCUCGCCAAGCCACACUGUUUGGAGAUAGUCCGCGCGGAAAGUUUUUUGGAGCAUACAGUCUGGAGCCGAUUAAUUGUGGCAUCUGUUUCUUUUUUUUGUUGCGAGGCGGAUGACUUACUUUUUUGCAUGUGAAGACUUUUAAGUCGAGCUGAGGAAUUGUCCAAGUCGUUUUCUGCUCAGAAUGGAAGGUAAAUUGACAAGUCGUUUGUGGCGAGGAUCACGGUGUGGAUCGUUCCGCAGGUAAAACGCGCUAUGACCUGAACGUGUGUGCGGCUGGAUUUAAUGUUCACAGCAACAUUUUUCAUUUUUAUUUGACGUACUCUCGAUAUAAUUGGGGACAGUUUUAACCCGGCUAGAGACAAUCCAAUAGGCCGCUUAUUUUUUAGUAUCGACAAAGUAGCCUACCUCCGACGUUUCCGCAAGUGGCACUUCGGGUUUGCCGUAGAUAGUUGUUUUUGUUUAUAAUUACUGCAACAUCACGCACCGAUUCGUUGAAGGAACUGAUCAUUUCCUUACACUGUCUUUGGACAUUUUAUAUAUCCCGCUGCUUCCUACAAACCCUGUAAACUGUUUGGCGCACGGAGCGCAUUCACUGACUGUUGGGCGUCCGUGUUCACCAAAACACCAAACCUGAAGAACUCUUUUUGCUUUAGCGUUCCUCUUUCUUCACCCCAGCCAAGCGAGCUCUUCACAAGAAAUCCGGAUAAAACGAGGAGACGUGUCUUCAUUGCAGCGGAAAAGGACAUCUUAAAUCCACCUGGCCUGCUCUGGGAUUAUUGGUGUGAUAUCGUCGGCAGAAAUUGGAUUUACAACUUCUAACGGACUGUGCUCCCUGAUCAAGCAGCAGAAUGAACCUGGGGCUGGGCUGUGUGUGUCGGCCGGGGAGCUGGCCCUAUGGCAGCUUGUUGGACUCCAGACACUGCGUCUUUGCCCUCACACUCCUCACACUCCUCAUGCAGGUGGUGGUGGAGGCCAACUCUUGGUGGUCUCUGGCCAUGAACCCUUUACUGAUCCCCGAAGCCUACAUCAUCGGGGCCCAGCCUCUGUGCAGCCAGCUGGUGGGCCUGUCGCAGGGCCAGAAGAAGCUGUGCCAGCUCUACCAGGACCACAUGCAGUACAUCGGUGAAGGUGCCAAGACCGGCAUCAGAGAGUGCCAGUACCAGUUCAGACAGCGGCGCUGGAACUGCAGCACUGUGGACAACUCUUCUGUUUUCGGACGGGUCAUGCAAAUAGGCAGCCGAGAAACAGCCUUCACUUAUGCCAUCAGUGCGGCAGGAGUGGUGAACGCGGUGAGCCGUGCCUGCAGAGAGGGUGAGCUCUCCAGCUGUGGGUGCAGCCGUGCAGCUCGCCCCAAGGACCUGCCGCGAGAUUGGCUGUGGGGCGGCUGCGGAGACAACCUCAACUAUGGCUACAGGUUCUCCAAGGAGUUUGUGGACGCACGUGAGCGGGAGAAGAGCUUCCCGAAAGGCUCAUAUGAGAGCGCCCGGCUGAUGAUGAAUAUACACAAUAACGAGGCUGGAAGGAGGACGGUGUCCGACCUUGCCAACGUGUCCUGCAAGUGCCACGGGGUGUCAGGCUCCUGCAGCCUGAAGACUUGCUGGCUACAGCUGGCUGACUUCCGAAAGGUGGGCGAAGCGCUGAAGGAAAAGUAUGACAGCGCUGCUGCCAUGAAGCUCAACACGCGUGGAAAGCUGGUGCAGAUGCACAGCAAGUUCAACGCCCCCACGAGCCACGACCUGGUAUACAUCGAGGCCAGUCCAGACUACUGCCUGAAGAACCAGAGCACGGGCUCCCUGGGCACAGUGGGACGCCUUUGCAACAAGACCUCGGAGGGCAUGGAUGGGUGCGAGCUGAUGUGCUGCGGCCGCGGGUACGACCAGUACAAGGCGCAGAUAGUGGAGCGCUGCCACUGCAAGUUCCACUGGUGCUGCUACGUCAAGUGCAAGCGCUGCACCAAAAUCGUAGACCAAUUCGUCUGCAAGUGAGAGGAGGAGUGAUGCCUUUGCUUGCAGACGAUGGGCAUACAUCUGUGUGUAUUCGUGAGCAGAGGAGCAAAGGAGUCGAACACAGAGAGAGAAUGGAAGAAAGAAACUAUAUAAAUUAUAUUUAUAGAGUUAAACAAUUAUGCCAUUGCAAAAAGACUGACUCUUUUUUUUUUUCAAAAAAAUCUUAUGUCUUCAGAAACUGAGAGUAUCGUGAAAUAUUUAUUUUUGAGAUUGUUAUGUUUUAUUUUGGCCCAAGUAUCACCAGCUAAUUUUAACCCAUUCAAGUGCCUACAACUGGCUGGAAAUCUCCCUCCACCAUUUAUCAAUAUCAGAAUAUCACAUUUGUCUUGUCAGAUGGGUCACACUGGUUGCGAAAUUGGACUCUGCUUCCAUUUCCAAAGAAGAGUAGUGUUUUAUAUUUGUGGCAUAGUUGAAUAUGAGGUCCUGGUUUGUUUACUGUUGAGAGGAAAACACAUGUGUGCUGUAGUGCAUAGAUGUGAUUUCAUGGGCUCAGUCCCAAACCAGCCUUCACCUCCUCACCAAAGUAUACUCGUCCUCUCCCCUCAUGUAGAGAAAGGAACACUGUUGGUCCGUGCAAGUCCUUGGAGUACAAUGGGUACAAUAAGAGGGUGUUUUGGGGAUUGGGCCUUUUAUUAAGCUGUCCCAGAAGCCUUAGAGUUCCCCAGGUGCUGCAACAAGCCCUCCACCAUUAUGCACUUUGAUACAGAGGCUAAAACCUGUCUGUGCGUGUCUGUUCAGCUGUUGUUGUUUUUUACUACCAUGCAUCAGCAAAUAUAUCAAUAUUAUAGCCUACAUUCUUUUCCAUAUUCAUUCAGAUUAUCCAUUUAACAUUAUUUUACAAUACUUAAUAUGGUUUGAAUAUAUAUGGGCGAUUGUUGUGGUUACAGUGGUGAAAUAUUCCAUGCUCUGUGUAUAUAGUAUGUCUAUCCAACCAAUCAGUAAACUGUAUUUAUUUUUUCUUUAAACAGAUCCUCCUCUAAGCUAAAAACAUAAAAACACCAUCUCCAUCAUAAAUCAAUAUUUAGUCAGACAACCUCAAGUUUUUUUAAGUCACUUUUAAAAAUGGUGUUCUCACUAAUGCGGCUCUUCACUGUUUUGUAAAGGGAAAUGCACCUUAUUGUUUCGACACACAAACUCUUUCUUCUCACUCAUGUUCAGCUUUACUGUUACACACGCAUGUAUAAAUAUAUAUCACAAAGUGUUGAGGUUUUUUUAUCAUCACCACAUAUUUUCAGUACCACUCCGUUAUCUGCUCGCUAUCCCUGUGAUGAUUCUCAAUAGACAAACUAUUUCUACCAAUCCAGAUAUGUAUAUUUAUAAGCUUCUCCGUGAAUUUGAGGUUUGUUUAACAUUAUGUGUUAUAGCUGAUAUUUUGUUACUUUUUACAAAUUGGCUCAAUGCUCUACUUUGUUUCAAUAAAUAUCAAAUGUAAAACCAG